UGGGUACCUGUCAAAUUCAGCAGUCUCUGGUCAUCUCCUUUACUGUCUGCAGUCUCUGGUCAUCCCCUGUACUGUCUGCAGUCUCUGGUCAUCUCCUUUACCGUCUGCAGUCUCUGGUCAUCCCCUGCACUGUCUGCAGUCUCUGGUCAUCCCCUGCACUGUCUGCAGUCUCUGGUCAUCUCUACUAUGUCCACAGUCUCUGGUCAUCCCCUGUACUGUGUCCGCAGUCUCUGGUCAUCUCCUGUACUAUGUCCACAGUCUCUG